AUGGCCGCGAUCGAUGCCCUGUGGCGUGGUGAGGAUGCAGCUCGAUUCGCAUACGAACACGUUUUCCUGCCCCCAAACCUACCGCAGUCCGAUCAUGACGAAUUAGGUGCCGACUUCUUGCUACAACAUUUCGUGACCGCCGCAGAAGAUUUUUCGACUUUGUCCUCGUUCUCGGAGCCUGAGGGUCAAUUCUGGCGAGGUUUCUCCUCGUCACUCGUCAAAUGGCGGGAUCUGUAUUCCGGUGGUGCGCCUUGCAGCGAUAACAUUACUCAGGCUUUGCAGAACAUGAUGCCAGGGGAAAUCCUCCUUAUUCCCGUCGUCUGUCAAAAUGCAACCCUGUUGAUUCGCAACAACUUCCAGGGAGCAAUCGUGGAGUGCUUUGAAGUCUUGGCCACAACUGAGUCUGUCAUGGCGGCAAAGGAUGCUGUGAUACGACGUUUCCCGGCGAGAGCAAUCUUCCUCAGAAAAGAAGUACUCGACGACAAAGGUUUUGUGGAAGAGCUGGGAAAAGCAAUAUUUCAACUUUCCGUGGAAAAGCUUGAGCUAGCCAUGGAGACAAGUACAAAGGGUGGUCAAACUUUUGCGGAAGAGCGUGACUCGGCGCAUCCUCGCGCUGUCACCGAAUGGCUCUUCUCCAUUCUCAGCACCCGUGGCGAGCCUGUCUCGAGCCAAACAAUCCUCAAGCGUACCCAUGACGAUGUGUGCUGGACCCACGCCCUGAGGCCAUGGCGCCGCUCCAACAUUUACCUUUCCGCGCGAGUGGGAGUCCAGCUUGCCCUUCUGAACUCCGGUAUGACCGACAGUGGAUAUAUCAUGUACAAGAACUUCAUGUUAUAUCUUGUGUCACAAAUUGCCACUGAGAUAGUGACCGUCAACAUUGCCCCAGAUGUCCUGCAUGUUCUUCGAGUAAAGAUCGCCCGACGCAAUGCCAAACUGGGGCCUGAAACGAUUGAAUUUGUCCAGGAGGCGGCCGACAAGACCUUGCAGCUUAUCGACAAGGCCAUGCAGAGACAUUGGGUAGAAAUCAAAGCCCGAGAGGAUGUUGGCGUUCCAAAUAUUCCUGUAUCCUCUCUUUCGCAGUAUUUGAAUCUCAAAUGCUCGGGUGAGCAGCUUCGAAAAGUCUGGGACAGGUCUCAAACAAGCUAUGUGAAAGCUCGUACAAAUUUCACACCCAAGGGGUUGCCGAGACUCCAAUUCUCCAGAGUCACUCUACCCAGUCCAACGAUAUUCAACAAGUCCUCGACAGAUCUGCUAAGCACGUUGAAUGACUUUGAAAGAUGGGUUGCUGAGAAUCUCGAGUCGUGGCUGGUGUCAAAUUCCGACAACGUCAAUGAGUGCGCUACGCUGAAUUAUGUCAUCGUCAACUAUCAUCGAUCCGCCCGCAGUGUCUACCAGGAACAUCCCCAGCUCGUGUCCGUCAUGUUCCUGACGAUGUUCGAGCUGUGGGCCGCACUCGACAAGAUCACUACGACAGUUCAUCCGCUACUGUUGGACUUCCCGCCAGACAUCGACAUUGCUGUCUUCCGCCCACUUUUGCUAAGCACAGAAUCGCUUCUGAAAAGAUUGGCACAUCUGGAGACGUACAUACAGUUUCGCAGUACCAGAGCCAUGCCCACUAACCCUUCAAUUUUCGGCAAUCCGUCCAGAAAUUGUCUCGCUUCGAGGUUCUACGACCAAUCGCCUGAGUUGGCUGUCCUUAGAGCUGUCAUCGAAGACGAUGCUCAGGAAGCUAGGACCAAGAAGCAGGAAGAGUGGGACGAACAGAGACUGAAGCAUCACAAAUUGGUCCAGCAAGCUGCUUCACUCAAGCACAGCACGGCCAGAAAGCUUUCUGGCAUGCACAACCCGGAUAACUGUCACAAAUGCUCGAUUGAGAAAGAAGCGAGCUCUCUUAAGUUUGAAAAGCAUGAGUGGCCGUUGCCUGCAGAAGAAUCCGAGAUCAAAGCUGUUGUCUUUGAACUGGGCAUGCCAGAAGAACUCAUCCACUGGCGUGAUGGUACGUGGUAUCUGGUUCAUGACCUUGGCAGAGUUGCUACUCAUGGCCAACAAGUGCUGCAACCAUUGUUUUCUUACCGCGGGCUCCGCGAAUAUGGAACGGCCAAAGGUCGUCGAGUAACACUCGCAUCCGCCUUGAAAGCAACUCACAAGACGCACUACUUCAGGGCAGGCGCGGCACUGGGCCCCGUUUCUGUAGGAAAUGGACUGAAGUUUGCUAUGUGUGACUCUUGGAGUAAGGUUGUAUGGACUGCUUCUCAGCGCCAGAAGACAACGAUUCGUCAAGCCUGCGCUUCGAAAUUACCGGACACACUUGAUACCCUACUUGGUCCACUAGUCCAUACGACGAGCCAUUCUCACAAUUCAGUCAUUGUGAAACAGACGCAGCGCCCGGCAGGCAUGAGCGCUCCAGAGUACAUCCUCUACGGCACAGUCCGCUCCGGUGAGAGACUUCAAUGGAUAAACAUACUAACUGUCCUUCGAUCUCACGAAAUUGACCUCAACUCGAUAUCUACUGCGCUGCUCUUACUUCACGCGAGUUCCGAGGUAGGCGCACCUGGCACGAUUGAGCCUCGUCAUCUUAGAGACUGUCAAGGGGAUCUCAACAAUGACUCUUUCUGCUACGCACUUCUCGAAGCAUUAUCUUGCCGUCUGAAAGACAUUGAGACAAGUUGGAAAGAAACCACAACUGCAGCGGUCAUCCUCACACUGACACUCGCGCUCUCAUCCUUGGCUCCAAGAGUUGUGAACCAAUGCAUUGAACUUGUACUUCGUAUUCGUCGAGUCGGACUCGCAUGGAUCCGCCAACUUGCGCAAACCUAUACGCUCAUCCGGGACACAUCAGGAAACUCAGUCUCACAUGGAGACCUUCCGCAAAACAUCAUCAAGAGUUGCAUCCUGGCACGUCGGACAUACGCUACAGUGUGGAAUGAAUCUGCGCCAAGCUUUGAUCGGGAAUCUGUGGAAGACUAUAUUGAAAUAUCCAUUCAUCUUCAUGCUCAUCUGAGCACCAUGCCUGACGAGAAUGGAUUGGAUUCUCGAUGGGCAUCGGACAUACUCCAAGACUCCCACAACGCUAGGUUCAUCCUCAUGUCCAUUGUCGAAUGGUUGGAUCUUGCCGACGAAGUAUUCUCGCGUGGCAUCAAGAGAUAUUGGGGCUCGGCAUCGUUCGAAGGGAAGUGGAAUAUUGUGCAUCAGGAUGACGUGUCUUGGAUCACGAAUCAGAGCAAGACCCGGCCGGUGCAUCUAAACCUUGUCACAGGGAGCCUCCUCAUAUCCGGCAAGCCUCUGUCACGGCUGCCCUUCGAUUAUAGGUCCAAUCCGUUGUACCGCGCAGUCUUCGCAGAUCUCGAGCUGUUUGAUGUAAUUGCGUCCGAUGUUGAAGACAUGGAGUACAUGUCCAGAUAUCUCUAUGAGGGACACCAGGUCUAUUUUGGCAUGCGAAUGGGUGAGUUGGUGCUACGUUCACAUAUUGACGAUGAAAGAUAUGAGGCAGUACUUCCCAGCACAUUUCAUACAGAUCUGCCCGCUGUCAUUGUUCGUAACACGAUUCCUUGGAUGUCUCUACGCAGUGGUACCAUAGAGUUUCGAAGUCGCGAGAAACCAUGGGAUUCUUCAGCUGCGGAAUGGUUUCUUUACUCCGCUGUGGGCUCAGAUCUGCAGCCUUCUUUGCACACUAAAGAUGCUUGCUUGAUCGACUACGAAAGCCCAGCUGGGAUAACGAUAUGCCAGAUCCUCCGAUCAAUUGAGAGAAGAGAUCACAUAGUAAUAUCAAAACCGGACAAGUCCAGUCUUGAAGUUUGGCUGCCGCGCUUCCACUUGCACUUCCAUGUUACCCCUGAAGGGCACCUGAAGUGCAAGGAACUCUCAGCUGUUGUUGACCAGGACCAGUCGAUCGGGACACUACAUGGCCUCCAAAGUCGCCUGGUCCUACGCACAGUGGGUGAGGCAUCCGGUAGCUCAAGCUCGCGAACCGUCCUGGUUCCCCUUGGGGAAGUUCAGGUUUUUCCUAUGCCGCCGCACGUUCAUGUAGUCAUUGUCCAAAGUGAUGAUGACAAAACCAUAUCUUUCACUCAAUUGCGCGUUGAUGACCGUCUUGGCCGGCUCUUGGGUACGGAUCUUGAUUCGCACAUCUACAAAACAUAUCUGCAUGCGCUUACUGGAUUUCCCGAGCCAGAUAGCCUUACUGGACGGACUGGAACUGAGCAAUGUCUCCUUGAUUUAUCCGACACCAUCACUCGAACCACAGUCCCACUUUCACAUCAUUCCCGGGAGACCUUGACGCUCAUUGCGGGUCUGUCGCCUACACGGAAAUGGUACCCUGACCACAAACAGGUGAUGCAGAGCUAUUCAUUCCACGAAGUGCUCUCUGGAUAUGUGCUACGGGACAUUUUCUUUCUCUUCGUAAUGGACAUCUUCGAACACAAUGCCAAGGCAGGGUUCUUGUCAAGCAAUGAGAUGCCAACACUCGCAUACUCCUUGAAAGAGAAUGAUCUGCUGCUUCUACAUAGAUCCCAUCAUCGAACAAGAAAGCUCUAUCCGACCGACCCAGCUUGGAACGGCCACGACGAUAUUACAGAUCGCCAUUAUACUGCGAGGGACGAAGCUUUUUCUGAAUCUGAGGCGGCCACUCGCUCCAUGGCCACCCUCGUCCAUGAAUAUCCAUCAUCAUUCCCUGUUGGAGGCAUCAAAGAGAGAAUCCUUCGUUGGGGAGCUAUUACUGGCCUUCAAGAAUCAUUUAACCCCUCCACCAUCUCUGAGGUACUUCACGAGGACCUGAACCACCUCUUUCCCCGAUUGUUGUAUUCAUGCAAACGCUCAAAGUUGCCGAAGCAGCAGUUAGUCUUUAUACUCUCUCUGUUGGCUUUUAAAGAUCCCACGCACAUCCCACUCCUCAAGGCACUGCUUGCGGUGGCAGUGUCUCCCUUUUUGAAGCAUUUACCUUUGUUGGAUCAAAAUUCGUAUGAUCUGAGAGAGGAAAAUUUGUUCGGUGACAAAGCGAUUGAUGUUUGUUGGACGAUGUUCGAGGAAGAGUGUGUUAACGCAAGUGGACCGACACAUACGAAGAGACUGAGGAAAAUAGCCAACAACUUCAGACAGCAACUCCAGCCGCAGUUGAAGAAGCACAAGGCAACAGUGUCCGCUGCAAUCUCAACCUCGUGGAUGAACGGAGCACUUGAACUUCCCCAAAAGAUUGGGAAUUUGGAUAUGAAGAUUCUAAAUAAUGUCCUACGAGAGAGAUUCUCCACCUGGAGAACGAACCGGAUGUUUCUAUCCCAGCUUGACGCAUUUGACCGCGGUCUAGAAGCAAUGAACGGUUCCUGGAUUGCACCUGCUCCAGUCUAUACUAUUCUUGCUCAUGGUGAUAGUCUUCGAGGCCUGAGACGUCGUACCCACUUCUCACUGCUCGAAGUUAUGCAUCUUGUUGAUACGGGCAAGGUGGACUUUGUACUCAGUGAGCCGAGUCUCGUGGAUCGAGAUUUGAGCAAGACGAUCUCGGCCGAAGAAGAGCCAGAAGACGACAGACCUAGUAUGGUACAGCAAAUGUCCUCUGAACUUGAAGAUCUGAUUUCCGACCUCACCCUUGGGUCCGACGAAGCAUCAGAGUCCUACGCACAACAACUGCACCAAAGUAUUCAAGCUUUGCAAGGCGAAGUUCUUGAGCGCAAAGAGCACAGAAUGAAAGUUCCCGACAGCAUACUCCUAGACAGGAUGGCCAAGCAGAUCAAAGGAACAAUCUCCCGCUUCAUUCUUCUCUGCAACCUAUUCCUCAAGCCGCGUUUCGAUGCAGGGUUUGGUCUUGUCAAGGCAAGACUCUGGCCACAGGCCACUCCAUUUACUAUCCUUCAAUUGCUUUCUCCACAGCAUAGAAAUGAGAUUCCUGGGUCUUGGCUUGAGUUACUUGUUUCGUUUGCUCAUGAAGUCACUGCGCUGCAACGGAUUGGGAGAAUUCAGUACUACCUUGUAGUAGGUGACGACUUUGCUCUGCAGCGCGAGCUGGCUAACCCUGCCCAUGCCGCCUGGACUACUACAGAACGUUUGGACUGGCUGCUUUUGGAAAUCCAGAACAACUUUCUCAUCCGGCCGGUACAGGUGAAAGUUGCACAAGAGAUCAUAAAACCAGAGAAUGGGCUUGUACUAUUAGGUAUGGGUGAAGGAAAGACGUCAGUUAUAUUGCCGAUGGUGGUUAGUGCUCUUGCAACAGGCUCGAACCUCGUUCGUGUUGUGGUCCUAAAGCCACUGGCAAACGAGAUGCUUCGGCAGUUGUCCAGAACCCUCUCAGGACUUUGUUCAAGAAUGGUCUACUUUUUGCCGUUCUCCAGAUCGACAAAACUAUCCGCGGACACCCCUGGAAAUCUCCUGGAUCUCUACAAAGAAUGUCGUCAACAACAGGGCGUGCUCCUUAGUCUUCCAGAGCACCUGAAUUCAUUUCGUCUUAUUGGUUUUGACCAACUGGCUACCCAUGGCAACUACUCGGCAGCACAGUUCAUCAAGGUUCAAAGAUGGCUGGAUCAGAAUGCUAGGGACGUGCUCGAUGAGAGCGACGAGCUUCUGAAACCCAGCUAUGAGCUCAUUUACACGAAUGGUCAAGCGAAGCCAUUAUCUGGCGCACCUGGGCGAUGGACAGUCACUCUGCAACUGCUGAAUCUGAUCAAGGAAGUUGCUCACAUUGUCCACCAACGACUGCCCCUGUCGCUUGAAUUUGAGUCUCGAGAUACCGGUGAGUUUCCACACAUUCGGAUACUCAAGGACGAAGGGGGGGUUGCGCUACGAGAACUUGUCGUUGAAAAGAUUCUGCAAGGCAACCUACCAUGUUUUCCCAUCAGACACUGCAACGCAGAUAUGCGGCACGCUAUCCGUACAUUCCUACUGGAUGUGCACAUCAGUCGUGCCUGCGAUAUCAAGGUGUCCCAGCACUUCCACGGCACACCCCAGGAGUCUGCGGUGUAUAUAUUGCGCGGUUUAACAUCCCAUGAGAUCAUCACGCAUGCACUAUGCAAAAGAUGGAUGGUUAACUACGGCUUGGAUCGUUCUCGGUCGCUUGCGGCUGUACCUUACCGGGCAAAGGCCGUACCUUCCGCCAGUGCAGAGUUCGCUCAACCGGAAAUGAUGAUCGCUCUUACGGCGCUCGCAUGGCUCUACACAGGCCUGGAACGCAAAGAUUUACUUGAGUGUAUCACGAUACUCUUGAGGACGGCCGACCCUUCUCAUGAGUACGAGCAGUGGGUUCGUCAGGGUGGCCUCCCGGAGAAGUACCACAGCUUCAACUGUAUUAAUCUCGACGACAGUUCGUUGCUAGAUUAUCUGUACGGGAGUCUCAGAAAGUGCGGGCCUGUCGUUGAGUUUUUCCUCGAACACGUGGUCUUUCCAACGGAAGCCAAAGAAUUCUCUCACAAGUUUUCGAGCAGUUCUUGGGACUUGUGUUCAACCGAUGGUGGCAAAAUCACUUCGGGAUUCAGCGGCACUUGUGACAGUAGAGUCCCUUUGACAUGUUUCCAGAAAGAUCUUGAGGGUCUACGACACUCCACAGCUCUUACACUGACGACUCUCUUGCGGCAGAACAAUCGCCGCUACGUGUGCGCAGCCUCGCCAUCAUAUCAGCGCCUUACGACUGAAGGCCUUCUCGAAGUCAUUGCUCAACAGCAGCCGACUCCAUCAGUCCUAAUCGAUGUCGGGGCCCAGAUCUUGGAUCAGAACAAGGAUGUUGCGGCGAAGUGGUUAGCCAUGCGAACGGACAAAUUAGCGGCAAUCUUCUUCAACGACAAGGAUGAGAAGAUGGUCAUGAAUCGAGAUGGGACAGUAGAGCCACUUUUAUCUUCCAUUUUCAAGGACGACGUUGGUCGCUGCCUCCUCUAUCUUGACGAGUUUCACACUCGGGGGACAGAUUUCAGACUACCUGAUCAAUUCCACGCCGGUAUCCUCCUUGGGCCUGGACUUCUGAAGGAUACGUUGGUGCAAGGCGCCAUGCGGAUGAGAAAACUUGCAGUCUCCCAAACCGUAAGCUUUUUCGCACCGCCGGAAGUCGAUAGCAGUAUCAGAACACUGAUGAAAGACGCUGCCGCCGCUCCCGACAGUGCUGACGUUCUUCGCUGGGUCAUUUACCAAUCGUGCGAAUCGUUGAAGAGACAGCAACGUGCUUGGGCAGUCAAAGGAUUGCUGCAUAGGCGUCGGCAGAUUGCAAUUUCUGAGCAUAUGCUAGACACGGGUAAAGUGAGAGAGGUAGAUUCUUUUCUCAGCACGAUUCGAGAACGAGAGAGCCGCACUGUGUCAGAGCUCUACGGUGUUUCCAUCAGUCUUGAAGGAGCAUUGCCAUUCAACUUGAGCGCACAGGAAAAGCUUGACACCACAAUACAAGUGUUGCAGAAUGAAUGGGAGGCCAGCAGCCGCCUUGCAUCUAGUGCCCAGAAUGUCGAUGAGGAACAAGAGAGGGAAGUGCUUCAUGAAGUAGAGCAAGAAAGAGAGGUCGAGAAAGACGUCAAAAUCAAGCCUGCAAAUCCCAAGCUCUGUCGGGCACUGUUGCCUCUCGUCGAGACAGGGAAUGCACCAAAUCUUCCAGACGGCUUGUAUCCGGCAUUCGAGAUCUUGACCUACACCAGUAUUGCCGACAAAUACGUCCGACACGAAUGGCCCUUCCACGUUAUCGUCACAGUGGACUUUAUGCGUACAGUCAUGUCGGCCGAGAAGUCUUCUCAAGAUGAAUACCUCCGCCCAGUACAAUGGGUUUUGAAAGCCAAAUAUCUCAAGCACCCAGUAAUUAUUAGUCCCCACGAAGCCAACAGCUUACUACCGACCAUCAGAAAAAGCAAGAAGACGACACUCUUCCUUUAUCAGGCCCGUACGUCGAAGGCCAUGAAGCCGUUUGACUCCAUGUCCGUGUACAGAGUUCCAGAGAGUGCAAGUUCCGGCGGCAUGGAUCGUGAGACCAUCGUGGUCCUCAAUCUUUUCGCGGGCCAGCUGUACUUUAGCACCUUUGAAGACUACCAGCUACUUUGUGGAGUCAUUGGUCUCUGGGAUGGCCAGCGAUCUCUGCCAAAUAAGACUGAAAUUGGAAGUGAUAACUUCGUUUCGCCUGCGUGUCGAGAAGCCAAUGAGUGGACGCACUGCACGUUCAAGAAAAGUCCUGUCCAGAUGUUGACGAUGUUUAUGGAUAUGAGAAGAUUAGGGAUCGGCUGGGGACAAACCCACGUGGGAAGGAUAUUGACAGGUUACCUUCUCCGACGGGACGAAUUUGACUGA